AUGGAAACUGAAGCCUUGCAUUCUAGUGAUACACCACGUCACUCGUCCAGCACUGCUUUGCAAGGUCAAAAUUCUACUCCUUUAUCGAACAUUCAAUAUUUCUCGAAACAUGAUACGUCUGUUCCUAAUCCGUCGUUUCUUCUCUAUAAGAAGCAAGAUAAAUUCCUCACUUCUUGGUUGCUUUCUACUGUAACUGAUGAAAUCUUGCAUGCGUCAUGCCUGUAUUCUGUCAAUAAGGCCAAUCUCACAGUUAAAGAAUACUUGGCCAAGGUGAAAACGUUAUGUGAUAGCUUGAUUGCUACUGGCAGUCCGAUAUCUAAGCAAGAACAGGUCAGUAUCAUUUUAGCUGGACUUUCGAUGGAAUAUGAAUCUAUUCGGGUUCUUUCCACUGAAAUGUUAAUUGACUGCGAAACAAGGCAACUAGCUCUUCUGACAGAAAUACUGUUACAAGCAAAUUUGGCUUCUUAUCACCAACAAGCUACUGAUGAAAAUUCAACACAUACUGGGACUUCGCAUAACUACCAGCAGUAA